AUAGUAGACUCACAGUCAUAGAUCCCCGUGGCGGAUUCCAAGAACCCAAGUGAAUCGCGGCUCGUCAAGUCCGGCGGUGCCGUCCAGAGAGCUAGAGCGCUAGAGCUAGAGCACAGCUAUCCCCGCCAUGGCGGCCGCGGCGCGCGCGAUCAUCUGCGAGCUGGCGCCGCAGAAGGUGUCGUCGUCGACGGCGUCGGGGCCCGUGGCGCCGAAGAAGCGCGACGCCGGGACGAAAGUGGUGCUCCAGCCCCGGCUCUGCACGCUGCGGUCGUACGGCGCCGGCAGCGGCGUGGUGACGCGGAGGAUUCUGGCCGGGGAGGAAGACGGAAGCGGAGCCGCCGACUCGGGCGGCUCCGCGGCGUCACCGUUCUUCGCCUCGCUCGCCGACUACAUCGAGAGCUCCCGCAAGAGCCAGGACUUCGAGACCAUCUCCGGCCGCCUCGCCAUGCUGGCGUUCGCGGCGGCGGUGGCCGUGGAGACGACGACGGGCAGCUCGCUGUUCAAGAAGCUGGACACGAUGGAGAUCGAGGAGGCGGCGGGGGUGUGCGUGGCGGUGGUCGCCUGCGCCGCGGCGUUCGCGUGGGCCUCCAGCGCGCGCAACAGGAUCGGUCAGAUGUUCACGCUGGGCUGCAACGCCUUCGUCGACUCCCUCAUCGACAACAUCGUCGAGGCGCUCUUCUCCGAGGGCGAGCUGCAGGACUGGUCCGACGACAUAUAAACAAGCACAUAUGCACACAUAUAGAGAUUAGCAGAUAGCCAGAUACUGUAAUAGACAGUACGUAUAUACAUAUAGUCAAGUAUUUAUAGUAAUUAAGUAGGUGAAGCUGUUAAGUGAGAUCCACGCAUUUCUCGCAAGCUUCGUUGAUCGUUGCAAAACGGCAAGGAAGUUGUUCUGAAUCUUUCAGAGAUGGAUCCUGCUCCUGCAAGGGUGUUCUGUGAUGAGAGAGUUCUGCAGUCUGCGUAGGAACACAGGCAGGAUAUCUCGCAGUAGUCAGGGGGUUCUUCAUGGUUGUGAAAUAUGCAGGUCUCUUGGGAGAAAUAGUGUGCUGGGGAGGAUUAGCCCCUUGAAUUAACUGUACCUACUACUAGUACUAGACAUAUACCAAGUGUAAUUAGAGAAUGAAGCAUGUAAUCAAAACUAUGUACUAUGCAUAAAGAGUGUAGUUAGGAGUCAAUUAAAUCUGGAGUGUUGACUCUUGACAUUAUGCCACAUGGAGUGGAGAUGAAACCCUAUACACCGUGCUUCUUUUUGUGUCC